UCAAAAUCCGUGUUUCAGGGAAACCAAAAUAACCCGGAAAUCCGAUUGUCCCGUCGUAAAGAAAGCGCUCCGCGUUUUCUUUGGCGAAUCUCUCGCCGUUCGCCCGUGCCAGUUUGUGUCGGGGGCAAGUGACGGCUACAAAUUUUCCCCCGAAGGUGGCAACACUCUGAAGUGCGCGGUACGCGGAAGUCGCUAGAAUCGCCGUGUUGUUCCCCGUGAUCCGUUGCCACGGAGUUUGGCGAGAGUGUCGACCGUAAUAAUUCGAUAGGCCAGUAUCAACGCUACACGAUAUCGGCGGGUGCUUGGCCGAAUGCGCGAGCCGCCUGAUUAGUGUUGUUUACCUUCGUCGUGCCACGGCUCCGCGCCGUACGAAGAGGUGCGUGCUACGGCCAAAGAAAAAAGCGCUUGUUUACCAUCUCAUCCGAGGGGCGGGAGCUUGGUGUGCUGUGCGAGACGACUUUAAAAUCGCUGCUUGCGACGUUCCGGGAUCAGGUCGGCGCUUGCUGCGUUAAGAAUAUCUGUUCCGUGCGUUCCAGCAGCAGCUGGUUACCCUGGUCACCAGAAUAUAGUAUGGUAAGGUGAGAGUGCUGCAAGCUUGGAUUUCUCCUAGUGCGAAAUAGUGCGAAAGAGAGCAGGCGAGGCGAUUGCCGCUGGCAUUUGUUAUCGUCCCGCCGUCCCGGAUCGUGCACGGAACGCGCAUACCGCGCCGGGUUGUUUUUGGCUCCAUUCACGCGCCUCCCAGAUGCUGGUGUUACCCUGAGUGAGCGUGUGCUUUUUGGGGGGUGGUGGCCUGGAGUGGAAUGCUGUACGAUUAUCAGCCACAAAUUUAUCAGCCAGGAGCAGUAGGAGGAUUAGGAGUGACAGCCGUGAUGCCGAAGAAGGAGUCGAAGUCCGAUGAAGGCGGCCGUAAGACCAAGAUGAGCCAGGCUGCUGCGGCCAAACUGGAACAACAGCAGCAGCAGCAGCAACAACAGCAGCAGCAACAACAGCAGCAACAGCAGCAGCAGGACGACGGAACGGGCAUGAAAGGGGGCCCAGUUUCGGGUCGGCCCGGUUCGGUAGGGCCCGGCGGUCCGGGUGGCAUGAAAGCGUCGGAUGCAUGCAGUAUUAACGCCGGGGGCGGUGGCGGAGGUGGCCCACUCGGCAACAGCGGUGUGCUGGAUGCGCUUGGCAAGGGCCCGGUGAUGGGUGGCGGUCCGGGUGGCCCGAUGGAUGGGCAUCCGCUCGAUGGCAAGAUGAACCCCGGUCUGGCCGGCAUGAUGGCAGGAAGCAAGCCAUCGAACAAGCUCGAAUACACGCAGCAGCAGAGCCAAAUAUUCGUGUUCUCGACCGCGCUGGCCAACAAGGGCGCCGAAGCGGUGAUGAAUGGCCAGUUCAACUCUAUCAUUGCAUAUCACUGCGCGCAGAUGCAAAAGCAGAACCGACUCGGUGGGCCAGGGCCAGGGGACGACAUGAGUGGGAACAGCAUCGGACCGGGCGCCAUGUCGCCGUGGAUGGAUCACGGGCAUGGCCACGGGUCACCCGAUCACCAUAUGGGACCGGGGCCGCGUGGCAUGGGAGGUGGAGGACCGGACGGGAUGAAAAAGUCCGCUACCAUCCAUCAUACGGCAAGCAACUCGUCCUGUCUCGAGAACGAUGGCUCGUCGGUAGGAAUGUUCGGCGGACCGGACGGGCAUAUGGCACCGCACCACAUGCGCAUGGGCGGACCGGGCGGUCCGGGGGACCCUUCCGGAGUGAUGGGUGGUAAGAAGUCGGCCACCAUUCAUCACACACCGAACACCGCGUCCUGUAUGGAUCCGGACGGUGGCAGCGGGUUACCGAUGUAUCCCAACGAUGGUCACGGUCACGGUAUGCGCAUGAACCCGGACGGGUCGAUGUCGAAACCUUCCACCAUUCACCAUACGCCUAGCUCGUGCAUGGAAGGUGGUGACGGAGGUGGUGGCGAUCCGACCGGAGGUGGACAUCCGGUGGUAAAAAUGGGCAAUCCGUCCCCCGUCGGUUCGCACAUCUCGCCCAGCGGAGGCGGCGGUCCCGUGAUGGGUGGUCCCGGACCCGGCCCAGGUCCCGGUCCCGGUGGAAGCCACUCGAGCUCGACGAUAAUCGACCAGAUGAACUCGUUGGUGGCGUCGCUUCCGCUCAUGAAGGGCGGCAACGUGCUGUCACAAAGCCGGGGUCAUCCGCAGCCUUCGCUGCAGGGUGUGAAAGUGCCGGACGAGAAUUUAACACCCCAGCAGCGGCAACAUCGCGAACAACAGCUGGCUACCUUGCGGCAGAUGCAGAAGAUGUUCUUCCCCGAGCAGCGCGGUGGCGUUGGACCUGGCGGCAUGGGCGGCAUGGGUGGUAUGGAUCCGCACGGUAUGGGCAUGAGGCCCCAGUUUCGGGGGCCCGCCGUCGGUGGUGGUGGAGGAAUGCCACCGGAUUUCGGUGGCCCUCCGAACCGCCCGCUUAAUCCCGCCUUCAUGAACACUCCGCUUGGCAGCGGGAUGGGAGGACCGGAUGGUGGACCCGGACCGGGGCCCGGCAUGAUCAACGAGCAGAUUCCCCCGAUGCAAUACAACAAACCGAACAUGAUGAACCCGGGCAUGUAUGGCGGGGGUGGCGGUGGAGGCGGCAUGGGCGGUGGCCACGGCGGUGGACCGAUGGGUGGUGGGCCAAUGGGAGGACCGAUGGGUGGACCCAUGGGAGGCCCGGGUGGUCCCAUGGGUGGCGGCGGGCCGAUGGGUGGACCGAUGAACCGGAUGUACAAAGCAGACCCCGAUCCUAUCUUUCCCCCCAUGACGGAAAUGGGAUAUGGCGGAGGAGGCGGCGGGGGAGGUGGAGGAGUCAUGAACAACCACGGGCCGGGCAUGUUCAAUCCCGGAAUGCAGCAACGAAUGGGUAUGCCACCUGGCGCCGGUGGACCCGGACCCGGCGGCGGUGGAAUGUCGAUGGGUGGUGGCGGUGGCCAUAUGAUGGGCGGUCCAAAGAUGGGUCCCGAUCCGUCGAUGCUCGGUGGUCCCAUCCCCCAGUCGCCCCUCAUGGACGACGACCUCAGCAAGGGUGCAAUGCAGCAACAGCAGCAGCAGCAACAGCAACAAAUGAUGCUUCCCGCAAAUCCUCCUCUUCCGCAACAGCAGCCCGGAACACCCACCGGUGGUGGCGGUGGGGGCAGUAAUGGUGGCCCAAUGUCGGUCGGUGGUAUGAACUCGGUUGGUGGUGCGAACGGUACGACGAACAACAAUGGCAAGACGAAAGAACCGUCCGUAUCGCCGGAGCAGCAGGGCGGCCCAGGGUCAAACCAGCAGCAGCAGCAACAGCAAGGACCUGGCAGUCAACAGGGACCGCUGACGCCACAAACACCCCAAGGAGGGCAGCAGACGCCGGGUCAACCCCUCACACCACAGACAUCGAUGGCUGGCUCGUAGAUCCACGUCCAUGGCAUACGACGGGCCACUGCAAGUCAGCGCAGCACGGGAGCAUCCUUAAUGUAUGCACGAGAGAGCAAGAGAGACAGCUACCGCAAGAAGGAUCUAACGAAAGUGAAAGAUGCUCCCUCUAUUCGCUGCCUAUUGAUGGUGGGUGUGGAGGCCGAUGCGUGCGACGGCUGAGAUUGUUUUUUGUCCCUCGAACACAUCCUUCCCCCAGCCCACGUAUACUUACACACAUACAGCCACAAAUACACACCUACACAAGGACACACACAUGAGCAACAAAUCUGCCUUAUCACUACCGAUGAAUACGAGCAAAGCAAAACCAAGUUUAAAAUGAAGAAUAACAAAACCAGAAAAUAAGAAGCAAACAAUUAUACGAAAAGAAAAUUUGAACCGAGUUAAAACAAAACAUAGAAACAGACAAAAAAGGAGCUAAUGGAAAAGUAAACGCUAGUAAAACAGUGUGAAAUAAGAAACAAAUGCAUGUAGAAGAGCAAAGGAAAGAGAAGCAUAAACAAGUGACGAGAGGCAAAACACAGCGAGAUGCAAAAGAAUUUAUCGCUAACCCUGUGAGCCAAGGUCCUGGGGUGCUGCUGGUGAGCAGAACUCUUUUCUGCCCACAAUUCUUUUUGCCAGUAUUUUGGUCGUGCGAUUUUUCUCCACUUAGUUACAGCAUUUUACUGUAAAACAACACAACACCCCAUGCAAUCGACUGCCCACCUGCCGUUCGAAUCUUUCGUUACUCCGUAGAAAGCAGACAGUGGACGAGCAUUUUUACUAGACCUAAUUUAGCUAAAUUAACAAACUCUACUGAUUGCCCGUUUCUUCUUCGGGGUUUUCCAUUACCUCGCCCCCACGCGUCUUGAAAAAAGUAUCCAAGGGCAACCAUAUACUUUGGGCAUCGGUAAGAGAAGCCACCCUUGCCUGUCAGGUUUUUAAAAUGUUUCCUUUGAUGCAAAAAGACACCAACAUUUUACCUCAAACAAAGGGUGCGAAGAUGGCGGUGUUAGGUUAUUAGCCUCCGAAACCCGCAAUGAUGGUCGCGUUUUAUCAAUUAAUUGUGUCCAUAGUUGAAAGAUAAAUCCAUUUUUCUAUGAUUCAGUUUUUUCUCUUCAAUGUGUGCUAACUACAUUUAAUUAUUAUGCUACGAUAUCGAACCUCUAAACACACACAAAAAAGCAAUAUUUACUUACACACCAGCUGUUUAAAACAGGGAUAGAAAACGAAACUGACAAAUGUUACUUCAGUAGAAUUUGUAGGAAAAAAAAACACUGGUAAAAGUGCUCAGUAAGAAAUGGGCAAAAGGUAGUGGUGCCGCUACUACCCAGUUUAUUGAAGCACGUUUAGCCGUGUUGUAUUAACAGAAUUACAACCCCAGCUCAAAACAGAAUACAAUCGUCAACAACCGCACCGAGAAGCAAUGGUCCACCGAAUCCCGUUGGGGUUUCCUCUUGGUAUAUGGAUUUAGUUAGCGCAUCCUUGCAACGCUUUGGCUCUCGUCCCUCGUCAGGCGGAAGAAAUCGAGUGUGUGGGGUUUCAAAUAACACCCAAGUCAGACAGAAAUACACACGCAGACAAAUAAUAAACACACAAGAAAACAACCAGAACCCGCAGCAAGAUGGAAAUUGAGAAGGAAUAUUUAGCGAAUAAGUAUUAACAAGAAGAUCUUUAAAGUGUUGAAUAAAAAAAAAGUGUAAUAAUUUU